CAAAUACACCGGAUAACAACCCAAUACCGGAUUUAGCAAAAACUAGCCGUUAGAGACCACCAACCCUCCAGCCGUAACGGCUAUGUUCAUUUAAAAAAAAAAAACAAAACAAACCGUUACACCGUCGUUAUUUUCUCUUCAUAAAAUCAGAUCCCCUAAAAAACAUACAAUUUUCUUCGUUCCCUUCUCUCUCUCCCUCCAAGUCCCAAAUAUCUCCUUACUGAAUCCACUGAAUUCUUUUUAAUACCAUCGAGUUUGCAAUUUUCAACAGAUCUAAUUGUAUGAUUUGGCAAUCAAUGGAUGUUGGGUGCUUGGACUUGGGAUGCAUAUCUGUGUUAGACAAGAACAGCGGCCACACUGUUCUUGAUUCUGUUGACAAAGAAUGUGAUUCGAGUGAGAAGGUUUCUUCGGGUUCUAAGCCCGGAAAGAAUAAAUCACCAAAAGGGACUGGCCAGUCAGCAUUGAAUGCUCUAAACAAAUUUACAUCCCAAAUUAAGAAGCCUUCUCACCGUAAGAAUUCUCCCAUCAACUGGUUCCCACGCAAAAAGGGGGACUCCUACUUGCAGAGGAAAAUCAAAAUGCUGCAGGAAUUAGAUGGAAUGAGUAUGACUCUUGAUGAGGCGCUUGGUGAUUCAAAUCCACAUUAUUCAAGAGUACUGAGAGAGAAAAUUGCAGCAAGAGAGGCCGCAAACAAAGCGGUGGAGGCUCGAAAAGCUGCACUGGUGGAAGCAUCUUGGUGUCGGAUACUAAAAGCAGCCAGGAUCCAAAGCAAGGAAGCAGAAGAGCUGCUGCUUAAGGCAGAGAAAACUGCAGCCGAAGCUUUCGAAGUUGCAAAAGCUAUGGAAGUAAUCAUGUUCGAUAUACCAAAUAGCCCUCAAGUGUCCUGUCAAGUUCAAACAUCUACUGUUAGUGGAGGGGGAUCUACUCCUUAUACGGCCACAACAUCUUUUGCAAGUGUAUUUGAGGUAGAUAAACAAGUAGCUGCAGCAGUCAAAACUGCAUUUACCAGGCUUGCAAACUGUCCUCCUUUUGACAAUGAAGAAUUUAAAGAUCUACUUGAUAGCAAUUCUGAAUUUUCAGAAUAUGAAUUAGAGUCUGGAUCAGAAUUUGAACCAAUAUCUCAAGACAUGGAUUUUACAUUGCCGAUUCCUGGGACAAGACUCAAGAAAUAUACGAGGAGACAGUCUUUGGACACGUUGAAUAUGACCAAGAUUGUGGAUAUGAUGUUUGAGAGGCUUAGAUGUUUGAAUGAAGAUGAGCUUUCUUCUCUGGCAACAAUUGUUGCUACAUGUGGUUUAAAUGCUGCCUUAGUAGAAGUGGAAAACAGCAAGGUGCAUGAUCCAGGCUCUGCUGCUGAUUAUACCUCGAGUCAAGCUGUUAACCGUCACCGAAGAAUGUCUUCCGUUGGUUCAGGAACAAUAAGAAGGAACGAGGUUCAGUUGGAACUCCCAAGUCUAGACAAGUUCUUGGUCAAGCACGUGUCAAAACUUGAAAGAGAAGUGCAAGAAGCUAAGGAUAGGAGGAAGAACGAACUCAAGGAAGGGAAUCAAGGGAAUACAGAUACAACUGGUGGGAAUCAAGGGAAUACAGAUACAACUGGUGAUGGAAAGGUCAAUUUAGAUGGUAAAAAGACUUCAUCCGAGAGUAUUUCUGAUCUGGGAACUAUUCUUGUGAAGCAUUCCUCAAAGUUAGAGAAAGAGAUUGAAGAGGCAAAGAAAAAUACGAGGAAAAGUUUCAAAAUUAUUUCAAAGAAACUGGCAAGUGACUUAACCAUAUCCGAGGGCAUUUCUGACCUGGGAAGUAUGUUGAUUAAGCAUCCAUCGAAGCUUGAAAAGGAAGUUCAGGAGAUGAGAAAAAACUCAGGAAAAACGUUUGACAUCGAUGGCAAGGAACUUGGACGAGCACCAAACUCUCCAAGAAAAUAUGUUCCAGACGUACCAAGCCUGGAUAAAAUUCUGGUUAAACAUGUGUCAAGACUAGAAAAAGAGGUUCAAGAAGCAAAAAACAGAAAGAAAAAUGAAUCCGUUGAAGAAAGAAGAUUAGAGAAAGAAAAUGUGAACUUGAAUAAAGAAGAGAAUGGACUGGAAACGGAGAAAACGCAAGCAUUGUCAUUGGGAAGCAGCUGUGGAAAUUACAGGCACCAAAACAAAUUCGGAGGAAAUGCUACUGCAGAUUGUGAGGGCUUGGACAGAGUUCUGGUCAAGCAUAGCUCUAGACUAGAGAAAGAGAAAAUGGCAUUGAGUCUAAACCAAGAAGAGAUGCAUGUGGAAAGAAGUGGCAGAAAAGCUCAUAUGCAGACGAAUGAAGGUGGUCUGGACCAAAUUUUGGUUAAACAUAAAUCAAAGCUCGAGAGAGAGAAGAUGGCUUCUGCUCAGCAAUCCGGAGAAGAAGUGCCAGCUAGGCUCUCCGUAUCUCGUAGAGAAGCAAGGGAGAGAGAGUUGCAAGAAGCAUGGGGAGGGUUGAGUUUAGGAAACUCCAUCCGCCCACAUCUCUCCAGACUUGAAAGGGACAAGGCGGCUUGGAUUAAAGCUGAAGAGGAGGCAAGAAGGCGAGCCAUGGAGGAGGUGUAAACUCUUUCAGCCAUAUCGCCAAUGCUAGUAGGAAGAUUCUCUCUUGAAUCCUAUUUUAUGACCCCAUUGUUCUGUAUAUAUAUAUAUCUUCAUUAUAUAACAUGAACUGAUUUUCCAUCUUUUGUUUAGAAAACCCUUUGAAUCGGCUGCCCUCCAUUUCAUUUCAACCAGCAAAAGUUGAGAUACAGGCACGUAAAUAACGAAAAAACUGCAGACCACUUAAGUGAGGACUGUUGGACAUGAACCUAUCUGGGUUGGUUUUCGUGAUUCAGCUAAGUGCAGCAAGUUAAAAUAGUUCUUGGUCACAUUUCAAGAGAAAUAAUUAACAACGCAAAAGGUUUAUAGUUAAUUUCAGAGUUGAAAAAGAAACAUAAGUAACUUGUCUCAAUGAAAGAUUUCUGAAUCUUUAUUCAAUAUGACAAAAACACAUGGGUACUACAAAACCAUACAAAUUAAAAUGUAAGUUUAUAGUUAAUUUUGGUACUAGGAAAAUAACUAUAUACUACUCCAGUUACAAACAUCGGAACCAAAAAAAUAAAAACAAAAAGGAAAAGGAAAGUAAAGUAAAGGCAGCCAAUGGCAAACAAAAUCCUUGUCCUAACUGUUCCUUUUCUCCUAAAGGACCCCGCAAUAUUAAUUAUUCGCAUCAACCAGUAACUUCUCUUCCUUGUUGGGGUACUUCAUUACUAACUUUUCUUUGCCUUUCUUUGUUGGCUAUUCUUCUUCUUCUUUCAAGGCACCUCCUGCUCCCCUCCUCCCUCUACCUUGUAAUUCCUAACACACAAUCAGAAACCCAAAAAAAUAUUAAACCAAAUCAUCACCAUGGGAGGAGGCAACGGUCAGAAAUCAAAGAUGGCUCGUGAGAGGAACAUAGAGAAGCAAAAAGCUGCAAAGAGAAGCCAACUUGAGUCUAACAAAAAAGCUAUGACUAUCCAGUCUUUUACAAGGUUGUGACUUGAUCUCUUGUUGUUACUGUCUCUCCUGACACCGUCGCCUGUUCCUUCCAUAUUGUUGAUCUGGCGGAUAAUGGAUGCUGAAUGCAGUGCAAGGUGUGCAUGCAGACAUUCAUAUGUACCACAACAGAGGUGAAGUGCCGGGAACACGCUGAAGCAAAGCACGCCAAGUCCGAUGUGUAUGCCUGCUUCCCGCAUCUUAAAAAUGACGCUGCAAGUGUAAAACAGUAACUUGCAAACUGCAAUCCAUGAUAGAAUUUAAGUACGUUGCUACUCUUCGAACAAUUUCAUGAUUCGCGCCAUAUGGGUUUUAGAUGCGUGAAAAUUCUGGUUAA